AUGUCGCGCCGGAUGAUGAAGAAGCCAAAGCUGGAGGAGACGGCAGGACAAGGAGAUCCAGCGCUGCCGGUGUACAUGCUGGUAGGCCACGGCAGCAUGCGCCCUGCCUACUCCGUCUUCAAGGUGGACCCUUACGCCGGCGGCGCCAAAGGAUCCCCGGGCCGCCUCCUCGCGCGUCUCAAGUGCAAGCACAGCAAGUCUUUCCUCCCCGUCAGAUCCAAGCACGGGUCGUGGAUCGUCGGAGUCGGCGGCAGCUCAACCAAGAGCCGCUACGGCGCGGAGGAGACCAUCAUCUUCGACACCGAGUCGCAUGAGGUGAUCACGGGACCCAAUCCCGGGUCGACCAAGCCCAAUCCUGUCCUGCUAGCCGUCGGGGAAAGGAUCUACGCCAUGGCCCGACGCCCCUCCAUCAAUGGCAGGGUCGACGACGCCUUCGACGGGCGUAUCAACUUCCUGCCCUGGUUCGAGGUCCUUGAUCUGUCCCAGGCAAAAGUGGUCGGCGGUUGCUUGACGGGCUGCGGAUGGAAGGCCCUGCCGAGUCCUGCACCAGUCUUCCCCUGGGGCCAAAACCUGCACCAGUACAUCAGCCGCACGACGAGCGAUUUCGCAGUCAGGUCGUACGCCUCCGUCGGUUGCUACAUACUGGUCUCCGUCUCUGGACAGCCGGGCACGUACGCGUUCGACACGGAGACGGAGCAGUGGACGACCGUGGAUGAGAAGAAUGAUCUGCCAUUCAUCCAGCUCGCCAUCCCGCACGGCCCAGAGCUCUUCCUCGGCAUGUCAAGGGCCACUCGAGCCAUUACGGCAUACAAGAUCACUGUUGUCGCUGGUGUGUCCCUGGCCAUCAUGGAGAUCCCGGUCUUGUCUGACCUGCCAGGUGAUGAGGAGGUAAUGACCACCCAUAACUUCUUGUCCCUGGGAAUCCACCGUGGUUUUUGUUCAGUGACUAGCUGGAGGGUUGACGAAUCAUGGGAUCCUCCCUACUUGCGUGCGCACAUCAAGAUGGUAGCUUAUGGAACGGAGGAUUUCGUCGAGGGGAGAUGUAUAGCCGUGUCCAAGCGCUGGAAGCAGCUUUUCAAGAUUCAUGAUCCAGUGCGAACGCUAGAUUCGCCUUGUGUGGCUGGCGUGUUCUCCAUAUGAGAGUUAAGUACAUUAAUUUUGCAC